GGCCCUAUGGCAGGCGAGAGGCGGGGCGUGGCGAGGCGAGGUGGCCGGUAAGCCGAGCGAGUAGGCAGCUGCGAGCAUACGUUGCGUUGAGGGGCGCGGGUGCACAGCCGAGUAUCUUCGUAAAGGGAGGGUACCGGCCAAUAGGCGAUGGUUGCUCUGUCGCCGGGGGCGUGGCCAUGCAGAUAAGGCGCGGGUGGGCGGCCCAAUGGACGGGCGCCUAUGCAGAUGAGACGGUGACAGCCGGGCCAGCGGGCGGGCGGGCGGGCUGUUGGGGCGGGGAGGUGGGACCGGGAGAGGGGUGGCCGCGGGGCCCGGCCGGGCUGGGGCGGGGGGCCGCAGCCAUGAUCCGGGCCUUCUCGUUCCCGGUGAGCCCCGAACGGGGUCGGCUGCGGGGCUGGCUGGAGGGCAGCCUGGCCGGGCUCUGCGAGUUACACUGGCUCCGGGAGAGGCAGGAGUACCGCGUGCAGCAGGCGCUGCGGCUGGCCCAGCCCGGAAUGGGGGGCGCCGAGGCCGAGGACGAGGAGGACGCCGACGAGGACGAAGAUGCGGCGGCGGCGCGCCGGGCUGCAGCAGCCCUGGAAGAGCAGCUGGAGGCCUUACCCGGGCUCAUCUGGGACCUGGGCCAGCAGCUGGGAGACCUGAGCCUGGAGUCUGGGGGCCUGGAGCAGGAGAGCGGGCGCAGCUCAGGCUUCUAUGAAGACCCCAGCUCCACAGGAGGUCCAGACUCACCACCUUCGACCUUCUGUGGGGACAGUGGCUUCUCCGGAUCUGGCUCCUAUGGACGCCUGGGUCCCUCUGAACCCCGGGGCAUCUAUGCCAGUGAGAGGCCCAAGUCUCUAGGAGACGCCAGUCCCAGCGCACCCGAGGCGGUGGGCCCUCGGGCGGCCGUGCCGCGGUCCUUCUCGGCGCCCUACCCAUCGGCAGCGGGGUCUGCGGGCCCGGAGGCCUGCUCCUCCGCCGAGCGGCGGGCCCGCGCGGGGCCUUUCCUGACGCCCAGCCCCCUGCACGCCGUGGCCCUGCGCAGCCCGCGGCCUUGCGGCCGCCCGCCCCCCGACUCGCCGGAUGCGGCGGGCGCGGGGCGGCCCCUGGACGGCUACAUCUCGGCGCUCCUGCGCAGGCGCCGCCGCCGGGGGGCGGGCCAGCCCCGGACAAGUCCCGGGGGCGCGGACGGGGGCCCGCGGCGCCAGAACAGCGUGCGCCAGCGGCCUCCCGACGCGUCCCCGCCCCCCGGAGGCGCGCGGCCCGCGCCCGAGCCCCCGGUGGAGCGCGCGGGGGGCCGUCCCGCCAGCCCGGCCCCCUUGGGCCGCGCGUGGGCCUCACCGUGGGAGUCGGAGGCGGCCCCCGAACUCGCCGCGCCGCCCGUUGUCCCCUCGCCCCCUGACAGCCCGGCGGAGGGUCGCCUGGUGAAGGCGCAGUACAUCCCGGGAGCACAGGCCGCCACCCGCGGCCUCCCCGGCCGCGCGGCGCGCCGCAAACCGCCCCCACUGACCCGGGGCCGCAGUGUGGAGCAGUCCCCACCUCGGGAGCGUCCCCGGGCUGCGGGCCGCCGCGGACGCAUGACCGAGAGCUCGGGCCGCCGGGGCUCACCCAGGGCUCGCAAGGCCUCGCGCUCCCAGUCGGAGACCAGCCUUCUGGGCCGCGCCACAGCGGUUCCUCCCGGCCCCCCCAAGUACCCUACAGCCGAACGAGAAGACCCUCGGCCGCCGCGGCCCCGCCGCGGUCCAGCUCCCACGCUCGCGGCCCAGGCCGCAGGGUCCUGCCGCCGCUGGCGCUCCACCGCUGAAAUCGACGCUGCCGAUGGUCGCCGAGGCCGGCCCCGCGGCCCUGCCGCCCGAGGCCCGGGGCCCGGCCCAUCCCCGUCAGCUCCUCAGCGCCGUCUGCUCUACGGCUGCGCGGGCAGCGACUCAGAGUGCUCGGCCGGGCGCCUGGGGCCCCUCGGACGCCGGGGCCCGACCGGCGGUGUCGGCGGCGGCUACGGGGAGAGUGAAUCGAGCGCCAGCGAGGGGGAGUCGCCUGCCUUCAGCUCCGCAUCCAGCGACUCUGAUGGCAGCGGUGGCCUCGUGUGGCCGCAGCAGCUGGUGGCAGCCACCGCGGCCUCCGGGCCAGUGGGUGGUGCAGGUGGAGGGGCGCCCGCGGGCCCCGCCAAAGUCUUUGUGAAGAUCAAGGCUUCCCACGCGCUCAAGAAGAAGAUACUGCGUUUCCGUUCGGGUUCUCUCAAGGUCAUGACUACAGUGUGAGUUUAGGGGUUUGCUUGGGCUCCCCCUUCAUGGCCUCUGCACCACCACACCCCCCAAUCACUGAUCCUUCUACACCUCCCUUCCAAAGACCACCAUGUUUCUCUGCUUCCAAAGACCCUUCCUCAAAGUCCCAUACAACUGCAGUCUUGGCUGAAAAGGCUCCCCCUCCACCACUGGGAGGAAUGGGGGAGGAGCCCUGUUUGACCCAGUGCACUGCCAGCCCUUGGGCAAGAAAGUUCCAUUUCCGUAGGCCUCACUUUCUUCAUCUGUACUGUGGGUGUACUAUGGUAUGCAGAAGGGGUAAUUCAGUUUGGAUUUCCCCAUUUUAGUUUAGACACUUAGUCUGUUUGUCUACCUUCAUGUCUCUCGCUGAGCCCUCUUAUUCCUCUUUGCCAUCCCCAGAUAUGUCACCCCUCCUCAUUCACAAAGUGCCCCCCUUCAUGUCCCUGGCCCCUUGGAAUAUCCUCUUGGCACUCUGGACAGCGAUGCUGUGUCUGACCCAGACGGUGCCUGCAGAGUGCCCUGGGAAGGGAAGAGGAGCACUGACUUUGGGGUUUUGAGGGUCAAGUAGGAGUUGGUAAUACCUGGAGAGACUCUUUCACCUCCAUCCCUGGACAGUUAUGGAGGUCGAAGAGGGGAAGGAAGAUGGCUUCUAUCACGUGGCACCCCCUGUGAGAGGGAGUAGGGGGAGCUCAGGAUGACCCUCAGCUGUUCCAAUCCAGUAUUUUUUUCUUUUUUAAAAAAUUACUGUAUUUAUUAUGACGAUGGUGACUCCCCAGUGCACAGGGGGGCCAGAAUCUGUGUUUCUCUAACCUCUUUGUAAAUAAAUGCACAGUGUUACAUA